AUUUCCAAAAUUCAUUUUUUUUCGUAUGUAGCAGUCAGUGGAUUCAGGUUUCACGAUGUGGUUAUUGAAUUGCCGAUUAAUUUAGUAAAUUUGAGUGAUCUUUCUCCGGCUCAAGUUGGGGAGAUUUUGCUAGCUUGUAAGAAGAGGGUCGAGCAACUUUGGAGUUGUGAUUCUAUCAAGUAUGUUCAGGGAGGAAAACAUUGUAAUCCACCAUACAUGGAGACUAUCUUCUUUGAGACUCGUAAGAAGGACAAGAAGCUUUGUGAACCUGAAACCUAUGAAAAAUAUAUAGAAAUUCAAGAAGUACUACAAUCUGAGCCAUCUCUUACUAAUAUUGAGGUAGUAGAGAGAUGCUUCGGACCUCAGCGCAAGAGUCAUGUUUUUGGAUUUGGCAGCGGAAUAACUAGUAGGGAUUUGAAAGGAGGUAGCUCUGCAAAGGCUGAUCUUUUAGAAGAUCUAAUUGCGAGUAAAAAGGAAAAGGUUGUACUAUUAGAAGAGCUAAAUGCGAGUCAAAAGGAAAAUGAAUCAAUGAAAAGACGCAUGGAAAACAUAGAGAAGAAAUGUGAAUGGUUUGAAAGUCCAAUGUUUGGACAUCAAUCACCUUCACUGUCGUCAAGUGAACAAAAUACUAGUUGAAUCAUUUUACAGAUCGAGAAUUGAAAGUCACGAAGAAUCUUCAAGUGUGAAAUGAGUUGAAACAAGGUGUUAGAGGUUGAACAAGUUGAAGCGCACAAGGAAUUUGCUAUAGGAUAUUUGUUUUAAAUUGUUUCCAUCUGAACAUAUAUAUGCUAAUUUUUUAUUUUUGUUUUUAGGAGUUUAAAAAUUCAAACACUUUAUAAUUUUUAAUUUAUAACUACGUGCAAUGAUUAUGGUAUCAAGAAUUUAGUGUUGACUAUAUAUUUUGUGUUUGGAA